GAAAUACCCGACAACCUUUUGGAAUGACGUAAUCUGUGCACUUCUGGUUUUACAUGUAUUGCACGUUUGAGAUCUCUUGGAUCAAUAAAUUGAGGUCAGGGGACUAUGAUGGCCGCUGGACCCAGACCCUUAAAAAAAAGUGUUUUAAACUGUUGUUACUGAAGCGUAGACUUGGCCAUCAUUUUCUUAUUGGAAAGUCCAUGUGUGUCCCAUGUGGCCCUCUCAGACUGAUGAAUGUUAACUCAUUGAAAUAUUUUAUGACAAAUGAUGCAUUCAUCUUCUGAUCAGUUUUGACAAUAUUCCUGUGCCGUCGUAGCUCACACACAUCCACAACACCAGAGAUCCACCUCCAUGUUUCACAGUAAUAAUGGUGUACUUUUCGUUAUAAGCCAUGUUGACUGCUCAUCCAAUAUAUUCUUUAUGGUUCUGACCAUUGCGGCACAGUGGGGCAGCUGGAAAGCGUUGGCCUCACAGUUCUGAGGACUAGGGUUCAAUCCCAGUCCUGCCUGUGUAGAGUUUGCAUGUUCUCCCUGUGCCUGCAUGGGUUUUCUCCGGGCACUCCGGUUUCCUCCUACAUCCUAAAAACAUGCAUGUUCAGAGCAUACCCUGCCUCCUGCCAGAAGAUAACUGAGAUAGGGUCCAGCCCUCCAGUGACCCUUGUGAGGUUAAGCCGCUCAGAAAAUGGAUGGAUGGGUAACAGUGAACACAAAAUCCUCUGCGACAUUCACUGGGGGAGGCUUCAUUGUUGGACUGAGUGAGAUAGUGUACACUCCAAACUUGGGCCUGGCCUGGGCUGUCAUGCCAAUUACAACCACUUUGUCUUUUCUGAUAGGCGGAGUGUUCCUUGCCAAGCCAAUGAGAGACAGAAAGUUUGUGACAAUGAUGGACCCAUUUCGUGACAAAUAUGGGCCAGUAAUUAGUGGACUUUUUUCUGUUGCAGUGAUGAUGAAUGAUGUAGUCUGGGUCCCAGCAACUCUCAUUGGCUUGGACAAGAUAAUGUUCCUGUUAUACUGUGCAUCAAUGAGCGUGAUCCUGGAUUUGUCAUACACACACUGCGUUUGGAUUUCGGCUACAGUGGCCAUCGUCUACACAAUGCUGGGGGGGCUCGUUUCUGUCGCCUACACAGAUAUUGUUCAACUGACACUCGUUUUUUUGGGUCUGUGGCUAUGCGUCCCUUUCCUGAUGAUGAACCCCUACUCGGUGGAAAUUGCCACAACUGCUUUCAACUUCACCUACCAAGCCCCAUGGGUGAAUUCAGUUGACCCAGACACAAUAUGGAGGUGGAUGGAUCAAACAUUGUUGUUGAUGUUGGGAAACUUGGCCUGUCAAGACUACUACCAGAGGAUCCUAUCAGCAUCUUCCUCAGCCACGGCCAGGAUGGUCAGCUUCAUUGCAGCUCCCGUCUUCAUCAUCUUUGCAAUCCCACCUGUCUUGAUUGGAGCAGUCGCAGCAUCCACAGACUGGAAUAAGACGGGAUAUGGAUUACCAUCUCCGUUUGAACGCGGAGAGACCAGUCUGAUCAUGCCCAUUGCUUUGCAGUACCUUACCCCAAAUUACAUAUCCGUCAUUGGUAUUUCUGCAACAACUGCGGCUGUGAUGUCAACAGUUGACUCACUUCUAUUGUCAGCAGUCUCUCUCUUUAUGUCCAGCAUUUAUAAGGGUAUCUUAAGGACAAAGGCAUCCGAUAAAGAAGUAAAGUGGGUGAUCAGAAUCAUGAUGCUGGUGACAGGCCUCACUGGCACUUGCCUUGCCUUCCUCGAGCUCAUCUGUGUCCUCUUCUUUGACAUCUGCAACGGCUACGGCGCCGUCACAGGCGUUUUAAUCAGUGUUGUGUUGCGACUGCUGAGCGGUGAACCAUCUCUGGGAUUACCGGUAACCCUCCGGUUCCCAGGGUGUACACUUGAAAAUGGAGUGUAUGUGCAGCAUGCACCUGUUAAUACUUUAUGCAUGUUGUUCAAUUUUGUCUCAACUUUGUUGUUCUCCUACCUGGCUUCACUACUCUUCAAUAAAGGACUUAUUCCGGAGAGAUUUAACAUACUGAAGGUGAAACCUCAACAGUUGCCAGAGAUUCUUGUGCAUACGAGUAGUGAGACUGUCAAAAAAGACAACGACCAGACACGUGGAGCUCUGAGUGAAAAUGAAAUCAUGUUGGAGGAAUCAUGUAGUAAUAAUGAAACAAAUCAACUUGGCUAA